AUGGCGGAACAGAAUGGCUCUGUUAAAACAUUCCCCAAGAUUAAAGAGAUCAAGACCUUCAUCAUCCAGGGCGUGGGAUCUGGCGGUGACUAUCACAAUGUCAAAGGUGGCCACUGGUUGAUCGAUUCCAAAAUCUCCACGCCCAUGUCUGGAUAUGAAGCAUACCGUGCAUCAAGAACGAGUUGGGGAAUCAACGUGUUAGGGUCGUUCUGCGUGGAGAUUGAGGCCACUGAUGGCACGAAAGGCUUCGCCACCGGGUUUGGUGGACCUCCAGCUUGUUGGCUYACAGCAGAACACUUUCGAAGAUUCUUGAUCGGAGCUGAUCCAAGGGAUACAAACAACCUCUUCGAACAAAUGUACCGCGCGUCGAUGUUCUACGGUCGUAAAGGUCUCCCAAUUGCCGUCAUCUCAGUGAUCGAUCUUGCAAUCUGGGAUCUUCUAGGCAAGAUCCGCAAUGAGCCAGUGUACAAGAUGAUUGGUGGAGCAACAAGAGAAAGACUGRAAUUCUACUGCACUGGCCCAGCGCCAGGAGCUGCCAAAGCUGCGGGAUUCAGCGGUGCCAAAGUUGCACUGCCAUAUAGUCCUGGUGAGGGCCCAGAAGGAAUGAGGAAGAACGUGGAGUACAUCCGUAAGAUGCGUGAAGAAGUUGGUCCCGACUUCCCGCUCCGCGUGGAUUGCUACAUGAGUUUGAACGUCCAAUACACAAUCGAGCUUGCGGAGAAGUGCAAGGAGUUCAAUGUCGACUGGUGGGAGGAGUGCUUGUCUCCGGACGACUUUGAUGGCCAGGCACUCAUCAAGCGUGCACACCCAACGCUCAAAUUCACAACGGGAGAGCAUGAGUAUUCGAGAUAUGGCUUCCGCAAGCUCAUCGAGGGCCGGAAUGUCGACAUCCUCCAGCCAGAUGUGAUGUGGGUUGGUGGCAUGACAGAGCUGCUCAAAGUCUCGGCGAUGGCGGCGGCGUACGAUCUUCCUGUCGUGCCUCACGCCAGUGGACCUUAUUCGUAUCACUUUGUCGUGUCACAAGCCAACAGCCCGUUCCAAGAAUACCUGGCGAACUCGGCGGAUGGGAAGAGUGUGCUGCCYGUCUUUGGCAAUCUGUUCCUCAACGAACCAAUCCCAACAAAGGGCUACCUCGAUGUCUCCGUGCUUGACAAGCCAGGAUUUGGUCUCGAGCUCAACCCUUCUGCGCCUCUCAUCGACGCUGCUGGUAUCCUCAAUCCGGCUCCGUCGAGGUCUCUGCCGCCACCUCAAGCCGAGGAAGAGGAGACAGCUGUUAAAGGCACGACCUGA